CGAGAGAACCAGCCAAUGGCGGCCCGCGCGGCUGUCAGGGCCCCCCGGCUCCCAUUGCUCCGUCCCGGCUGCCGGCGGGCGGAGUUCGCUUCGGUGGCCCAAUGGGGAGUGCGGGCGUCGUCCCAGGGUGCCGCGCGCCGCCGGCGGCGGCGGCCAAUGAGCGCGGAGGACGCGGGGGGGACACGGCAAGGUGAGCGCGGCGGGGGCGCUGCGUUGCCCUCACGGCCACAGCCGCCGCCCCGAGCGCAGCCCGCGCAGUUCCGGUGCUGUUCCAGGGCUCUGGCCAGACCAGCUUCAGUAUCUGUUUUCAGCAGGCCCGAUGUUCAAACUGUACAGGCAGCUGGCGUGUCCCAUCCACAGCUGACCCGCCGUGGGUUCCAGACCAGCGCCGUGUCCAGGGACAUCGACACGGCCGCCAAGUUCAUUGGUGCCGGAGCUGCCACGGUCGGGGUGGCCGGUUCGGGAGCGGGUAUUGGGACGGUGUUUGGCAGCUUGAUCAUUGGCUAUGCCAGGAAUCCGUCUCUCAAGCAGCAGCUCUUCUCCUAUGCCAUCCUGGGCUUUGCCCUGUCUGAGGCCAUGGGUCUCUUCUGUUUGAUGGUGGCAUUCCUCAUCCUCUUUGCCAUGUGACAGCUUCUGGCCCUGGCUGUGGCUUCCAUCACUCUGUCCUCUGCGGGUUGAGUCUGCUUCCAUCAGAGCGUUCCAGACUGACAAUUAAAGAAAAGAUUUCUCUAAAUUAAA